AAGGAGUGCUCCCAGAAGACGUGACCUGCUACAGCUCCAGUACCUUCCAUGGGCUCAGGAUGAAAUCUUGGUUCUCCUAAUUGCUACCUGGGGCUGCUGGUGGUGCAGCCCCACCAAGAGCAGGGAGGGGAACAGGACGAGCGGGUCUCACUCUGCCUGUGCUGUUUGAAGCGUGUAGUGGGUGUGUGUGACAUCCCAGUGCAAACGCAGCCCUUGGGCUGUGGACAGGGAGAAGCGGCCUCCACAAGCUGGAGCACCGAGGGCAGGUGGGGGUGAAGAGCAGGUAGAGGCUGGGGCGAGCUGGACUGGGGCACCCAGCGGGGAGGGGGCAGGUGGUCAGCCCUGUGCCCUUGCCCCUGGAACACAGAGAUGAGCACCUACUGUGUGCAUGCCAGAAACUGUUGUGGGUCAGUGCACAAAUGGUCCUUGGAGGUGGGCAGGGUAGUCCCUAUUUUAUAGAUUUGGGCCUCCAAAAUAUGUAGAAAUGACAGGAAACCCACUCAAAAUGGCCACAGCGACUGAGGGAGUCGUUGGAUCAAGUUCCUGCAGGUGGGUAGAAGGUUGGGCCAGCUUUAGGGACCCGGCCUUGGUGUCAGUGCUGGCCAAGGCCCCAGCAGCUUUAUCUACUCAAGAGGCCAUUCUCACCCACGGCCCAUGCCCCACAGGCACAGCUCCGGACAGGAGGGGUCUCAGGAGACCCCCCACAUCCAGCUUACCCUUGGACAGGCCUCUUGGCAAGGCCUGCCUGGCCAGGCUCUCCUGGCUUUGUCACUGGACACUAGAGGGUACUGCAGGCAGGAGCUGGCUGAGCCUGGGCACUGACCUUUGCACAAACCUACCUUCCAUGGCCUGGGGAAGCUGCAGAAACCACAAGCUCAGCGGAGAUGAGGGGAAAGGGGCAGACGUAUGCUGGGGCAGGCAGUGGAAACUUAAGAGGCCAGCUCCUCCAACGAGGUUGCUGGGGAGACCCCCACAGCCACAGCAGCAACCAGGCUCCAGGUGAGAUACCAGGAAGCACUUCUGGAGAGUUAGGGUCUGGGUCCAGUUGGUCUGGGGGCCGGAUCUGAUAACCCAGGGAGGCACCAGCAUAGGUCCCGGUUUGCCGCUUCCUACGUUCGAGGCCGGCCCUCCCUGGCACCGCAGCUGCCCAUGGCAGCCCCGCAAAGCAGGGCGGCCUGUGUCCGCGAUUCACCGGCAGCACCCAGGUUGGCCACCGGGGGCGCCCGAGGACUGCCGGCGCUCUGGCCCGCUCGGGAGCUCUAUGUCCCCGCGCGCUCAGCCGAGCGGUGCCGGGAGCGGAGGGCGGCCUGCGGUCCUGAGGGGUACGAGCGCAUCCAGGAUCCGAGGGCGCGAGUACGGAAGCCAGCCAGUACAACCCUAACGCCACCUGGCACAGCCCAAAGAUCAUGCUGCCGUGUGACGCCUGACCUCACCCUGACCGGACCAAACCACACGCGGAACCGCUCUGCCCUGACUGGGUGCGACCUCCGAUCCCACCCCAGGCCCGGCCUUGAACUCAGCUCCAGCUACCAGAGCCUGGGACCGAGCCGACACGGAGCGCUGGCCAUGCAUGGGAAGCUGCUGCCGCUGGCCGGCCUCUACCUGGUGCAGGGCCUGCCCUAUGGGCUGCAGUCUGGCCUGCUGCCCAUGCUGCUGCGAGCUGGUGGCCUCUCCCUGACACGCGUGGGACUGACCAAGGUGCUGUAUGCCCCGUGGCUGUUCAAGUUGGUGUGGGCCCCACUGGUGGACAGGCGGGGCUCCCCGAGGGCCUGGUUGACGCUCAGCACGGCUGCCCUGGGCCUGGUGUGUGGGCUGCUGGCAGCCCUGGCUCCUGUCCAAGCUGGCCAGGCCGGGCUGCCUGUCACCGUGGCGGGGCUGCUUCUGUUACUGAACCUGGGUGCAGCCGUGCAGGAUGUGGCCCUGGACACGCUGGCCGUGCAGCUCCUGGAGCCCGGGGAGCUGGGGCCAGGCAACACUGUGCAGGUUGUCGCUUACAAGCUGGGGGCGGUGCUGGCGGGGGGUGGGCUGCUGGCCCUUGUGCCCGCCCUCUCCUGGCCCCUGCUCUUUCUGCUCCUGGCCGCCACCUACUGGCUGGCUGCUGUCCUGGCCUGGGUAGCGCCUGCCUUGCAACAACUACCCAGGCCUCCGCCCUCAGAACCAGCCCCCCACACCCUGCACCUUGGAGACUUGCUGGCCGUGUCUGGGACCCUGUGGACGAUGGGCUUUGUGCUCACUUACAAGCUGGGUGAGCAGGGUGCUGGCAGCCUGUUCCCACUCCUCUUGCUGGACCGAGGCUUCUCUACUCUGGAGCUGGGGCUGUGGAAUGGUGUGGGCACUGUGGCUUGCUCCAUUGCUGGCUCGUCUUUGGGCGGGGCCCUGCUGACCAAGCACUGGCAGCUGCUGCCCCUGCUGAGGUCAGUUUUUUGGUUCUGUCUCGGGGGCCUGGCCUGCCAGACUACCCUCCUCUUCUACCUGGACACCCCAGGGGCCAGGCUGGGCCCUGGCACAGCUCUGAGAGGGGCAGCCUUGUUGAGCCUGUGCCUGCAGCACUUCCUGGGGGGCCUGGUCACGACCGCCACCUUCACACUGAUGAUGCGCUGCAGCCAGCUGGCACCCAGUGCGCUGCAGGCAACACACUACAGCCUCCUGGCCACACUGGAGCUGCUGGGGAAGCUGAUGCCGGGCACGCUGGCGGGAGCCCUGGCCGACAGCCUGGGGCUGCCCCUCUGCUUCUCCUUCUUCCUUGCCCUCUCAGCCAUUCCUAUCGUGUACCUGGGCCAGGCGCCCAGCACCCUGGCCUGAGCUGGGCGGCAGGACUGGUCAAUAAAGGCGAGCGAGAGUGGC